AUGUUCGUCGCACAUACCAAGCAGACUGCUCAGGUCCUCCACCAUGGUGUUGUUCGUUUGGCUGUGACUUCAUUCCUUCAAUUAUCGGUACCACCGCCCAGUACUGGCGGGCAUCAAGAAGAUGCAGAAGAAUUCCUAGGAUUCUACCUCGACACGCUUGAAGAAGAGCUUCUAACGCUCUCCUCAUCACUCACCAACCCCAACCAGGCUCCAACUCAGCAGAACAACAAUGCCCCAGCAAACAAUAUGCAAGAAGAGGGCUGGCUUGAGGUGGGCAAGCAUAACCGCACCGUCCUGUGCAAGUCACCUCCGUAA